GGAAGCGGCGAGUCUCCAUGGCGGCGGUGGCUGCGGCGGCGGGGCCGGUGUUCUGGAGGCGGCUGCUGGGCCUCCUGCCUGGCCGCCCCGGGCUGGCCGCUCUCCUGGGGCGCCUGUCCGACCGACUCGGCAGGAACCGGGACCGCCGGCGCAGGAGGCCACCAUGGCUGUUGUUGGCUCCUCUGCUGUCUCCAGCUGUCCCCCAUGUCACCUCGCCUCCUUGCUGCCUGUGUCCGGAGGGUGUGCAUCGCUUCCAGUGGAUCAGAAACCUGGUUCCAGAGUUCGGAGUCUCCAGCUCUCACGUCAGGGUGCUUUCUUCACCUGCAGAGUUUUUUGAGCUCAUGAAGGGGCAGAUAAAAGUAGCCAAGAGGCGGGUCGUGAUGGCGUCCCUCUACCUGGGGACAGGUCCUUUGGAACAGGAACUGGUGGAUUGCCUGGAAAGCACUCUAGAAAAGUCACUCCAGGCGAAGUUUCCUUCCGACCUCAGGGUGUCCAUUCUCUUAGACUUCAUGCGGGGCUCAAGAGGAAGGAAAAACUCUCGCACGAUGCUGCUCCCACUCCUGCAGAGGUUUCCAGAACAGGUCCGAGUCUCGCUCUUCCACACGCCUAACCUCCGUGGGCUCCUCCGGCUCCUCAUCCCCGAGCGCUUCAACGAGACCAUCGGCCUCCAGCACAUCAAGGUGUACCUCUUCGACAACAGCGUCAUCCUGAGCGGCGCAAACCUGAGUGACUCCUACUUCACCAACCGGCAGGACCGCUACGUGUUCUUGCAGGACUGUCCUGAGAUUGCGGACUUCUUCACGGAGCUGGUGGACGCGGUGGGGGACGUGUCCCUGCAGUUGCGGGGGGACGACACGGUGCAGGUGGUGGAGGGGAUGGUGCAUCCUUACAAAGGUGACCGGGCUGCGUAUUGCAAGGCAGCCAAUAAGAGGGUUAUGGAUGUGAUCAACUCAGCCAGGACCCGCCAGCAGAUGCUGCACGCCCAGACCUUCCACAGCAACUCCCUCUUAACCCAGGAAGAUGCAGCAGCCGCUGGAGACCGGAGGCCAGCCCCAGACACCUGGAUUUACCCAUUGAUCCAGAUGAAGCCCUUUGAGAUUCAGAUCGAUGAGAUUGUCACGGAGACCCUGCUGACAGAGGCCGAGCGAGGCGCUAAGGUCUACCUCACCACCGGCUACUUCAACCUGACCCAGGCCUACAUGGACCUGGUCUUGGGCACGCGAGCCGAGUACCAGAUCCUGCUGGCCUCGCCGGAGGUGAACGGCUUCUUUGGGGCCAAGGGGGUGGCAGGUGCCAUCCCGGCCGCCUACGUGCACAUUGAGCGGCAGUUCUACAGUGAGGUGUGCAGCCUGGGGCAGCAGGAGCGGGUCCAGCUGCAGGAGUACUGGCGGAGGGGCUGGACAUUUCAUGCCAAAGGCCUCUGGCUGUACCUGGCAGGGAGCAGCCUGCCCUGUCUCACGUUGAUUGGCUCUCCUAAUUUUGGGUACAGGUCAGUUCACCGGGACCUGGAGGCCCAGAUCGCCAUUGUGACGGAGAGCCGGGCCCUGCAGCAGCAGCUUCACCAGGAGCAAGAACAGCUCUACCUGAGGUCCGGCGUGGUGUCCUCCGCCACCUUUGAGCAGCCGAGCCGGCAGGUGAAGCUGUGGGUGAAGAUGGUGACUCCACUGAUUAAGAACUUCUUCUGAGAACAGCAGGUUAAAGGUCCAGACGUAGGUGGGGCCGCGGAUGCGUGUUUUGUACACGGGACACUCAUAGAUGUUCUUGGUCUCCAUGCGGUCCACAGGGAUGGCCUUGAUGAAGAUGACGGGCAUGGCCGGCGUCAGCUCUUUCAGCCGCGCUUCGGCGAUGACUCCCGUCUGGGUGUCCCAGCGAGCUCCUGCAGGGACAGCACGGCCGAGGGUCAGGGUGGCCCAGGGUGAGGUGACUGGUUCCCAUCUGUCAUGCUGGCAGUGGGGGAGGGGAGGGGCCUGGCUUGCACCCGCACCCCUGCAGAGAUAGGCCAGGUGCCAGGGCCUGGACUGCACAGGAAUUGCUGCAGGGGGGGCUGUAGGCAGAGGACGGGGUGGGGGUCGUGUGCACGGCGUGACUGCCUGUGUGUCUCGCUGUGCACCUCUGAGGGACAGAUCAGCCCUAAAGCGCUGGGCUCCAUUGUCUACGUGCGUGGUGGUUUCAGAGCCUCAUGUGUCAGCCUUGUUCAUUUUAGUGGCAGGAAAUCAUAACAACUCCAGCUGAAAAUGACCGAUUAAAGCUCCCCGCUUCCCUUCCUAUGUAGCGACUGUCCUACGUGUACCUGCACAGUAUAAAUAUGUAUGUGCACAUACAACUGUUAUUGCCUUGAACCAGACUUAUUUCUACUCACCCUAUUUAAUGAUGUGUAGAUUUCCUGUCUGUAAUUCCAAAAUAAA